AUGGCAUGCUCCCGCGCGCGAGAAUUGCAAGCGGUGGAGCGCAAUAGAGAAAGUUCUCCGGAUGGCCUGGUAGAAAGUUGGGGUGAGACCCCCGACGUCCAGAUAGAAGCCGAGGGUAGAAAGGACCGGCCAACCACUCAAUCUCCGAUGUCAACCAACCCAUUCUCCAUAGAAAUCCAAGAAUAUCGCAUAUCAAAAGACUUUGAAUGCCAGGCGAUGCCCGCAUUUGACGGAACAAGCGACCCCGAUGACCACUUGAACAACUUUCGAACAAGGAUGAGAAUAAUAGGGGCUGGAUAUCCUAUGUGCUGCCACACCUUCUUCUUAACACUAAGUGGGGCAGCGCAACAAUGGUUCACGUCACUACCACCCCAAUCUAUCAAUUGUUUCAGGACCCUGGCAAAGCAGUUUUUAACGCACUUCGCUGGAAACAUAAGAGACAAGAAAUACUCUAUAGCCUUAACUUCAGUACAACAAGAAGAGUUAGAGACAUUGAAAAACUUUCUAAAGCGAUGGCAAGAACAAAUACAGAUAGCAGAGGGCUUGGACGAUCGAACAGCGCUAACAUUGUUCAUGGAAGCAUUAAGGUCUGGGGAUCUACCCACUAGCCUGCGAAGGAAAAACCCCGAGACCUAUGCCCAAGCCAUCCAGUGGGCCCAUAAAUACGCAGAUGCAGAGGAAGCCUUGCGACAGAAAAGGAAGAGGAAAGAAGAACGGCCUUGCAAAGAUAUAAGAACACAUUUGGGUGAUCGACCGUCUGAAAAGAAAAAUAAAUCAAGUGUCCACAAGGAACCCAUCAACCACUGUUACAGAGCGGUCCCCGAAUUAGGGUCCCGACCAGCGUACAAUGCAAAAUUACCUCGCCAUACAUCAGCCACGAGCCGACCACUACCACCUCUCUCACAACCAAUCAACUGGUCACUGUAUAUGAAACCGACCACUAGAGGACCUAAAUAUUGUCGCUACCACCGGAAGGCAGGUCACACCACCGAAGAAUGCACCACUCUACAAAAGGAAAUCGGAAAUCUCAUCCAUAGAGGAAGACAGGCCACUCGCCCCAACCAGUGGUCACGACAACUGACGGAACCAGCCGAGGAUCCCGUCCAUAGAGAAAGACAGGCCACUCGCCCCAACCAGUGGUCACGGUGA